AUGAUUAACAGGAGCAUCAUGGAGGACAACAGUCAAGAAAUUCAGUAUUGCUUUCCAAACAACAGUUUGUCAUGUUUCAAAGAAAUCAAACAUGAAGUGGAAUACGUCAUUUUGUACAUUUUCAUUUCUUUAUUAUCAGUGUUCACUGUGUUUCUGAACCUGCUGGUGAUCAUCUCCAUCUCUCACUUCAAGCAGCUUCACACUCCAACCAACCUGAUCAUUCUCUCUCUGGCUGUGGCUGACCUGAUUGUGGGACUGAUUGUUAUACCAUUUAUGGGCAUCACAUUCAUAGAAUCAUGCUGGUACUUUGGAGAGACAUUCUGUUCUCUAUUUUUAUUUAUUGCUUUUAUGGUUGUUUCAGCAUCUCUUGGUAAUUUAGUCUUUAUAUCUGUUGAUCGUUACAUUGCUGUGAGUGACCCUUUGAGAUACACAGUAAGGGUCACAACUGAUAAAGUUGUUUUUUGCAUUAUUACAAACUGGCUGUGUUCAAGCAUAUAUUCUGUCAUUAUCUUGUACAAUACUAUGUUCUACCCAGAGACACACGACAGGUGUUAUGGCGAAUGUACAGUUUCUUUUAAAUUCGAACAUGUUGUCACAGACCUCAUAGUCACUUUUGUCACACCUUCAUCUGUAGUCAUGUCUAUAUAUGUGAAAAUCUUCUGUGUUGCGAAACAUCAGGCCAAGGUUGUAAAUUCUGUCACAGGUGUCAGCAGGUCACAAAGAAAGGCAGCAAAAACUUUGGGUAUUGUUGUAAUGGUUUACUUUAUGUGUUGGAUACCAUACUAUAUAGUCACUCUUAUUGAAGGAAAUGAGUCAACGGUUCAAUUUAAUGUUACAUGCUGGAUUUUGUACAUGAAUUCCUGUAUGAAUCCCCUUAUCUAUGCUCUGUUUUAUAAAUGGUUCCGAUUAUCAGCUAAACACAUUGUGACUCUAAAAAUAUGUAAACCAUCUUCAGAAUACUUUAGCCUUUUCCCAGAGGAUAAAUAA